UGUACUUGCCCUACGGCCUACAUACAACAUAGUCACAGUCAUUUAGUUCAUAUUACACACUACAUUUAUUGAAUUAUUGCAAUGACACUGAAAUGUUUUGUGGUUAAAUUCAUGUAGAAUUUAUGUGAUAGAGCUGGCUUAGUGUUUGAAAUUGAUUUGCCAUAAAAUAUAAAUUUUAUUAUUUUUCACACACGUAAUAAUGGUAAAAUUUUUUGAAAAUAAAAGUUUAUUCCCAUUCAGAUGGGAUCAAGUGGUUCAUGGUUUUUGGCAUCGUUAUCCUAAUCCAGAGAGUAAGCAUGUAUUAUCUGAAGACGUGUUACACAGAGAAGUGAAAGAAAAAAAAUUACAUUCUAUUAGAUUAUUCACAAAAACUAAUAAGUUACCAAAAUGGGGUGAACGUUUUAUCAAUACAAAUGUUGUAAAAAUUGUUGAAGAAUCAAUUUUAGAUCCUUCAAAAAAGACAUUGGUUACUUAUACAAGAAAUGUCGGAUAUGCAAGUGUUAUGGGUGUGACAGAAAAAGUUGUUUAUAAAGUCAAUGAAGAAAAUCCAAGUACUACAGUUGCAGAGAGAUCAGUGUGGAUUGAAUCAAAUGUGUAUGGAAUGUCUAAAGCUAUUCAAGCAUUUGGGAUGCAACGAUUUAAAGUUAACAGUACUAAAGCAGUUAAAGGGUUUAAUUAUGUACUCAAUAGUAUGUAUGGUAGUAAUACUUCAAGUUCAUCUGGUGUAUUAUUACAUCAGAAAGAAAAAUUAAAGGAUGCUCUUAAACAAACAAAUUACAAAACUGGAACUCUAUAUGUUCAUUAAACCAAUUCUUAUUGAGAUUUCACCAAAAUUAUUAUGAUCAAUAAAAUGUGAUAACAUAAUUAUGUAUUCUUAUCAGUUCAACAAUUUUUGACCAGAUUAAAACACUCUUCAAAUUUAUGUGGUUACUAUCAACUUUAUAGUAUUUUAUUAAAAUACA